CUAAGUCAGGUUCAUGGACCCCGUCAUCCCCAGCUCCCCCGACACAGUGUCCUGUAUAUAAGCCAGGAUGCCUUCCUUCCGUGCCUUAGAGAUCCGUCAGCAGUAAUCUCACUAUCACCUUCUCUAUCAUCAUGAAAGUAACACUAGCAGCGGCGGCCCUGUGUCUGAUGCUGGGGGUGGCCCUGGGCCUGCCCACCCCUGAUGCCUUGCCUUACGCUGUGGCCCUGCCUUACGCCGUGGCCCUGCCUGACCCGGAUGCUUUGCCUUAUCCCGAGGCUCUGCCUGACCCCGAAGCUCUGCCUGACCCCGAAGCUCUGCCUGAUCCAGAGGCUCUGCCUGACCCCGAGGCUCUGCCUGACCCCGAGGCUUUACCUGACCCCGAGGCUCUGCCUGACCCCGCCGCUCUGCCUGACCCCACGGCCGAUCCUGACGCUGAAGCUAAUCCUCAUUACCACCGACAUGGCUGGGGAGGCUAUGGUGGUUAUAGAGGAUAUGGAGGCUAUGGUGGAUAUGGUGGAUAUGGUGGAUAUGGAGGCUAUGGUGGUUAUGGCGGAUAUGGCGGUUAUGGAGGUUACGGCGGAUAUGGAGGCUAUGGUGGCUAUGGCGGAUAUUACUAUCGUCCUUACGGUCACCAUCACCAUCAUCAUCGCUUUGGCUAAAAAAAAAGCUAACAGAGAAUUCUCUCAGUGUACAGACACUGCCAGUGUCUGUACACUGAUGUACUGACUGACAGUGUACAGACACUGC